AUGGAAUUCUCCGUCGUCCAGCUCAUCCCCUCACCACCAGCACUUCCGGACUGGGUCGAAUCCUCCACCUCGGCCCUCUCUCACACCUUCAUCUCCACCUCCAUCCUCAUCCUCCUACCCGUCCUCUUCUCCGUCCCCGUGGUACUCCACUUCUGCAAGGAAGUCCACCUCAAGGAGUUAGCCAAACAAUGGCACAAGGUCGUCCGCAUCUACCACGUCCUGCACCCCUUCUUCCUCCCGCCCGACCGCGCCGCAGCCAGGACCCUGUUUGCCAACCUCGCCGGCGUCGGCGUCUGCAUCGGCGUCGGUAGGGUCAUCCACCUUGUGUGCCCGCUGCUGCUGCGCAACAUUGUCGACAACCUCGCCAGGGGCCAGCAGCAGCGCCGUGACCUGAAUGCUGCAGCGGCACAAUCGCCAGGCGGCAGCGGUGGCAACAUCGACGGCGCGGCCGCCUCCGCACUCCCGGUUCCAACCUUCCCCUGGCCGCAAAUGGUCGCCUACAUCAUCGUCCGGCACGUCUUGCCCCGCUUCGUCAACCACCACGAGUACCGUUGCACCAAGCUGGUCCGGCGCGAGGCGGCCAACCGCAUCUCCGUCGCCGCCUACCGCCAACUCCUUUCGUUUGGCGCCGACUACCACGAGAACGAGCUGCGGGCCAAGAAGAAGAAGGAAAAGGAGGACAAGAAGAGCGGCAACAGCGACGGGCCCUCCACCGAGGUCCCCUCGCACAUCGUCUUGUUCUCCGCCCCCUACGGCGCGAUCUGGGCCUCUCAGUGGGUCUUCUCGUCGGCCCCGGGCCUCGUCGAUCUCUUCGUCGGGCUCGGCGCCUUUUGGACCGUCGGCGGCGGCGCCAUGGCCGCGACCAUGGCGACGCUGCUGGUGCUCUUCGUCGCCACGUCGGUGGCCGAGAUCAUUGGCCGGGACGCCAGCCGCAGGACGGAGCUGAGCGAGGCCCGCUACGACGUCAUGAGCAGCGUGUCGGACCGCCUGAUCCACUGGCAGACGGUGGAGCUGUUUGGUACGAGCGAUCACGAGGUCGACCGCUACCGGCACCUGAGCGAGAUCGAGCACCGGCUCGAGGACAGGGAGCUCGGGUUCGGGUCGCGUUGGGGUUUCGACCGGGUCGUCGAGAUGGCCGGCCUGCUCAUCCUCAGCCUCAUGUCGGGCUGGCAGAUCGACCGGGGCACGCGCAGCGUCGGCGACUUCAUCAUGCUGACCCAGUACUACCGCGACCUGAUUGCGCCCCUCAACCAGAUCUUCUGGAGCUUACGCACCGCCGGCCGCGAGCUCGACCGCCUGAUGCAGGUCGUCGACGUGCUGGAGCGCAAGCCGGCCGUGAGAGACGGCGCCGACGCGCCCGAGUUUGAGUUUCGCACCGGCCGCGUCGAGUUCCGCGACGUCGUCUUCUCCUACCCGGACGCCAAGCGGCCCGCGCUGGACGGCGUGUCCUUUUCCGUCGAGGGCGGGCAGACGGUCGCCAUCGUGGGCGAGACGGGCGGCGGGAAAUCCACGCUGCUCAAGCUGCUGUGCCGGACGCACGACACCACCUCGGGCAGCGUGCUGAUCGACGGGCAGGACGUGCGCGAGGUGCGGCGGGCGUCGCUGCUGAGCCGCAUCGCCGUCGUGCCGCAGCUGGCGGGCGUUCUGGGGGCCACGGUGCUCGACAACGUGCGGUACGGGUGCCCGUCGGCGACCGAGGAGCAGGUCGAGGAGGCGUGCAAGGCGGCGCACCUGCACCACAAGAUCACGUCGGCCUUCUCCGACGGCUACGGCGAAAAAGUCGGCGCCAGGGGCUCGACACAGCUGUCGGGCGGCGAGGCGCAGCGGCUGGCCAUCGCGAGGGCGCUGGUGCGCGACGCCAAGAUCGUCGUCUUUGACGAGGCUAUGAGCAGUCUGGACAGCGAGACCGAGUGGAAGAUCCAGACGCACCUGCGCGAGUGGUGUCGCGGUCGCACCGUCGUCAUUGUCGCGCACCGCUUGGCCACCGUGGCCCAGGCUGAUCUGAUCCUGGCCAUCAAGGAUGGAAAGAUUGUCGAGAGCGGGACGCAGGCCGAGCUGUUGGCCAAAGAGGGUUAUUAUCAUAACCUGUGGACCAAGCAGAAGCUUGUCGCCUAG